UGAAUGUUUUCUGAAUGUAAGGACAAACGAAAGCCCAAGUCUUUACUGGUGAACUAUAUAAAUGUUCGAUUGAACAUUUACAACAUUCGAGUUGUUGGAUUGCUGAAACGGAAUAAUGAAUGCAACUGUUACUGAUAUGAAGAAAAAAAAAGACUAAUGUAAACUCUUUUACGAAACAAGCUUACUUCAAAGUAACGAAAAAAAAACAGCAACAUGAACCUCUACCUAACGAAGAAGUAUCAUCGCAUUGUCACUAACGAGGAUUAUGAAACAUUGUUUCUCAAGUAAAAAGCGUGUUCUGGAUCAACUUUGUACGAAUUCGCUCACGCUGGACAUUCGCCACUUCGCCGCUAGUCAUUCGAAACGGAACCUCCAGUCGUAUUCUUUCCUUCAAUCUCAUCGCUUAGCGCAAGUAUGGCACGACCACGAGUAUUUGCCAGUUCCCUACAUCCAACUUUUCGCAGUGUGGAUUCGGAAGGAUUUCUGUUGGGUUAUCCUUUGGCAUCCACUUGACGGUUGGAUGCUUGUGCGAUGAUGGCUAGUGCGUUGAAGGGAUCACAUCGUACGACUCUUCCCCACUAGUGAGCUUCGUUAACUUCACCGUUUAUUUGGUUGACGUUGGGAAUUGAGUUAGGACAAGUCAAUGAGAAAAGAUCCAUCAAUUAGUUGCUGGUAGAUGGCAAUGUAAUAGACGGAAUAUAUUCAUCAUUCACUUUUCUAUUACAUAUAAUUAUUGAACUGUUUGUGGAAUAACAGUAUUAUCAAUUUACAGAAAUGUGAAGCAGAGCUCCAAUCACCAGUGACUAGGACUCUCCCAAACUGUGUCAUUCGAUGUUAAUUUCAGCCACUUAUAGCCAACCAUUAGGUAUAGUAGACCAAGUGAAAAAAGACGUGAAAGAAUAUUCUUCAAGUUAGCGGGAUCGUGGAGAAAAGCAGUAACGUAUUUGUUGAAGAGCCUGUUAAGAAAUGAAUAAUACAUAAUCAGAAAUAGAUAGUAAAAUUUAAAAUCUCAAUUGCUCAGAAAGAAUUCAGCACUCGUGAAUUAAGGCAGAAUAUUCAAGGAACCGCUAAAUACUAGUUUUUUGAGCUGCAUGAUCGAAGAUAGUAGCCUUUUAAUUAUGAUAUGAAAAGUGAAACUCCCUUAAUCCAUAAUUGAGUUGAUUUUUUCAAAAUUUCUGCUACAUCAUUAACAUUUUUUAUAGUAAUUUACAUCUGGAAGCAGAGAAACCUUUAGACACCAUCGAAAGAACGAGUUUGAGAGUUAUUUCACUUUUGUUCUGUUUCAACAUGAACAGCUCAAAGUAACUAAUGUCUAGUCGUUCUAACAGUAGCUUAGACCAUCCAUCCAUCCAUCCAUUGCUUCGUUAUGUACUCACACUCCAGUUGAGAAAUCACUUCAUUGAACUACAGCAGCUCGUCGACAGUUUUGAUUGUGCAAUAUUUCCACCCGACUGGCUGGGAUGCAUUCAAUAAAUAGACGACCCGUUGCGAUCGAGUCACAGUGAAGCAUAGUGCAGCUGAUAGUGUGAAAGCGGUUGUUCUCCCUGUCAGAAGAACUUAUUCUGACACCAGUUACGUUAGUGGAACAGAGAACAGAAAGAACUAUAAAAAUGAAAACAGUUGUGUUCUGCUGUAUUGCAUUGUUUGCUGCAAUAAUUGGUUGUUCAGAUGCUCAGGAGACGAAUUACGCUCUAGAGCAUAACUUCACUACAGAAGGCAAUAACGAAAGUCAGCAACAGCUGCGCUGUACCCCAACAAAGCAGUGUGACGUCGAUGAGGAGUUCAACUGUUGUGGACCAUGUUAUCAGCUGUCCUGUUACGAUACCGCGAUCGAUUGUGGUGAUCAGUGCUUCGCUGAGUGUUACUGUGUUGAGGGUUUCGUGCGAGAGUACCCCGGCGGACGGUGCAUACCGAAGCUGUUUUGCCAAAAACCCACAUUACCAAUCUUGUCCGAUAAUGAUGAAAGCUUGUAAUAAAUAAUGAGUUCUUUUUUUGCUCAACAAUCAUUGCAACCGUUUCCAAAAAACCCGUAUUUAAGUAACACAUCCCUGAUGUACAAACAUUCUACCACACAUCUUCACACGUAUCGACAGGGUUGAGGGUCGCCAUUUCUGGCUAACAGUAUGAC